ACGCCGCAAACGGAAACCGAUCACCCCCAUAACGACGGUCAUGGAGAAGCUCAAUGUUUCAACGGAGACAUCGACAGCUCCUGCUCCACUCCUUACGUUAGUGCCCCUUCCAGUCCCGGACGGGUGCCGGGAUCCGUUGGGUUCUUCUACAGUGCGCCGGCUAGCCCAAUGCACUUCGCGAUAACCUCGGCGGCAGCGUCGAUGGCGUCAGCGACUCGCCCGCCUUCUCCGGACAGCUCGGUGCCUCUCGGUUACGAGUUUGAGUUCUCCGCGAGGUUCGGGUCGUCCGGUUCGGGUCAAACCGGGUCCAUGAUCUCGGCGGAUGAGUUGUUUUUUAACGGGCAGAUCCGACCCAUGAAGCUGUCGAACCAUCUGGAGAGAGUGCAGAUCUUAGCUCCGUUGAUGGAUCUCGGACGGGAAGAAGAGGAAAUCGGAGAGGAAAGUGAAUCCGGCGACGGCGAGAAGAAAUCGAGAGGGCGAGAGCUGAGAUUGCGAGAUAAAUCUCUGCGAAGAAGAACGAGAUCCAUGUCUCCCUUGAGGACGGCCGAUGUUGUAACCGCCGAUCAAAUCCCCUUUUCCGGGGAGAAAGAUGAUGAAAAGAACGAGGAGAUGAUGUUCAACGAGACGAAUGCUUCAAUGUCGGCUUCUUCCUCACGCUCGUCGUCGGCUGGCCGGAGCUCGAAGAGAUGGGUGUUUUUGAAAGAUUUUCUCAGGAGCAAGAGCGAAGGAAGAAGCAACAACAAGUUCUGGUCUACCAUUUCGUUUUCUCCGACCAAGGAGAAAAAACUCGGAGGAAACCAAACCGUCUCCCCCGCCGGUCCGGUGCAAGACUCGAAAGAGAGAAAGGGGAGCAGCGGAUCGGAAAAUCAAAGAGAACGGAAGCCGGUGAACGGGGUGGGGAAGAGGAGAGUGGCGCGGUCGCCGCACGAGCUGCAUUACACGACGAACAGAGCACACGCGGAGGAGAUGAGGAAGAAGACGUACUUGCCGUAUAGGCAUGGGCUGUUUGGGUGUUUAGGGUUCAGUUCAAAGGGGUACGGAGCCAUGAAUGGACUGGCGCGAGCUCUGAAUCCUGUUUCUUCCAGGUAAAAUCUCUGUUUCAGGGGAAAGAGAGGAAAAUUAAAAAAAAAAAAAUAUUGUAUAACUUAAAUUAUUAAAUAAAAUCGAAAAUUUUAAUAUCGGGUGGCCCGACUUAAUGCUCCUGUCCUGCAAAAUGUUGUAACGACAACAAAAGAGGAGUAAAGGAGAAAAUUGUAGAAUUUCUUGUAUAAGUUUUUACCUAUGAAGGGAUAAAAUGAACUUCUAGUAUUUCCUUUUUUGGGGGCAUUUCUCUUUCUAUUUAUUUGUAAAGAAGAGAAAAUUUGUCCUUAAGAUCAUGGCCUUG